AAUUGGAUUCGGCGUUGGCGCGGAAACUAUGAUCAGCUGUUGCAAUUUAGUGGUCGUUCUAUUUUUAUCCUAAUUUUACAUGGAAUUAGAAAAUUGAAAUUAAAUUUUACAACAUGAAUGGAACACCAGAAGAUCGUGUAAAAGCUGAACCAGAUGUGGAGGAGGAGAUUCCACGGUUUGUCGCAUCUUCGUCAGGCAUUCCCGCCUCUGUAGAGCUCGUAGAUCUUACCAACGACGAAUUCUUCAGCGAGUUCCAAAACUUCCUCGGCAACCUCAAAGAUCAUCGCAGUCAGGCCAGCAAAAAGCGAUCCCGUCAGCUGAAGCACGUUUCGGACGUGAUUGCACUGCAAGUAGCGCACAUUCAGCUGAUAAGUUUCUAUCAGGAGAUGUACGUUAGUUCCUUGUUCGGUAUCGACUUCCGGAACGUGAUGAUCUACGGGAGGAUAAUCCCCGGCACGGUCAAGCACGAGAACAACACACAAAUUUAUAAGCUGGACGAUGGGUCCGGCGUCGUGGAAGUUUUCUACGCACACGGGUUGAAACGGGAUUUAGAUAAUCUCACUGCAGUCCACACCUGCGAGAACAUCCUAACGACUCGCACCCCGCUCAACGAGGAACAGGUUCCGAAAGAUCCCCAGCAAGUGGCCGACCUUAAGCUACUCCUCGGGUUGGUAAAAACACGCUGCCAGCAACGGUUGCAGUAUUUUCCUUUAGGCACUCGGUGCUUCGCCAUUGGCCGGCCCUUUAUGAACCGUCACGAUCGGGUGUCGAUCUACGCUCACAGUAUGUGCGCCGAUGACGACAGGUCCGGCAGAUCGGCAGAAAUAUUCUGGAAGACCCAUCUGGCCCUGUGCUACGAGCAGAGGUACACAAGUGAUCUGUUUAGGUGAAGACUAAUUUACACGUUUAGAUUAGAAAUAGGUACACCACGAGUUUGUUAAUUUCAUGCAGAGGGAGGUUUACUCUUUUGAAAAGACAAUUUACACCGUAUUCAGCCAUAGGCUGCACAGACUGAACAUAACUAACAUAAGAAAACGGGCACACGGAACGACCAGUGG